AAAUUUACCAAAUAACUUUAGCAAUAUUAAACUGUCUAGCGAUUGUUGAACCAGGAAGAGGAACAAAAAUAAGAGAAACAAAAGAAAGAUGAUCUUCUUUUCUUUUCUAACAUAGUCUUGUUUAGUUUCUGAGAAAGUCUUUGUUUCUCUGGCUUAGAUAUGGAUUCCUUCCAGUUUUGGAUCUCUGUACGCCUCUAUUCCUCAUUUUCAUGACUAUAUUGUCAAUUCUGGCUUUAUUUCCUGGUAAAGCUAUAUCACAUCUUGUUAUAUUGCACAAUUACAAUACUACAGCAUUGAGUUUUCCUCAGUUUGAGAAUCGCCAACCUUGUCCCCCUUUCCAAUUUUUUGGAUCUAUGAUACACCAUUGUUGUUCUCUGAACCGAUCCAUGACUGAAAUUCAAAUUCUCAAAUUUUCUUUGUUUCCGCCUAAAAGUCACCGUAAAAUAUGGUACUCUCAGUUCUUUUCAGAUCACAUGCAUAAGACUCUGAACAGAAAAUAUUCCUCUCAUUUCUUUAGAUUAUCUCUGAGAAAAUUCAGGAAACAUAAUAUUUGCAUGAUAUCACCAACCUCUUUUCGCCUAGAUAAAAAGAGAAAAAAGCCUGUCUUCUUUUGUAUACCAAAAUAUAGUUCAAACCAUAGAAAAAACUACACAGCAGUGCUAAUGGAGUCCAAUAACAACAACACCAAUCAGAGUAACCUCUCAGAAAUCACUGAGAAGAUGAAAGAUACUUCCAUAAGAAGCACCAGAAAUGCUAUUGGUUCUUCUAGAAACAUUGCUAAUGCUGCAAAUACGUGGUCGAAUAGUUUGAUUGGUAAAUUUCUACCUAAGAAUGAAGAAGAUAUUGAAGUGGCAGAUGUAAAAGAUAAAUUGAACCAGCUAUGGAAGAAUUAUAAAAAAAGGGAAACAAGAACUGUAGGCAAAUAUUUAUUUGUUUUCAAGUUCAAAUCUCAACUAGAUAUGAAGGAUGUCUUGAAGAAAUCUCCAUGGAACGUACAAAGGUGCUUACUUGCUCUCCAAGAAUAUACGACUGAGAUUUCGUAUGCUGACUAUGUGUUCACAAAACAGGAAUACAAUGUCCAAUUUAAGGGAUUGUUACUAGAACAUCAUCAUGUUGAUGUUGUUAAUGAGGCUAUAGAGGACUUGGGGAAAAAAAUAUCCACAGAUCCCAAAAAUUGCAGACCUCGCUCUGGCAACAUGAUUACAGCUCGAGUAGAGGUUGACCUGCAUAACCCCUUAAAGAGAGGAGAAUGGUGGAACUCCAACCAAGGUGAACCUGUAUGGAUUCGGUACCAUUGGGUCAAGCAACCACACAGUCUGUGUGACCAAUGCUAUAGAGUCAUCCAUGACGAUGCUACUUGCGAAGAAGUUGUUGAGAAAUUGAGGGAAAGAGCAAUGACUGGGGAAGAGUAUGAAGAAUACUGUAAGGAAAAAAGGAAAGAUGCAGAGAAUGACAAAGACAUGGAUGAGAAUGGGACUCUUGAGAAGUCACAUGUUACUGAAUCUUCAGAAAAUGAUGAGGCUCCCAAUGCAAAAAGAGCAAGAAAGCAUACUAUCCAGGAUAAUGGCAGCAACCCUUCCUUGAAUCGACCUAUCCUAGCUGAACAUGGUGUGGGGGGGGACUGAAAAGACAACAAAACUCUCAACCGUUGAAACUAUGGAUGUUAUAAGAAUGGAUGAAUAUGAGGUGCACAUAGCUGGUGCAGAGAAGAAUCCCUUGCAGAGCCUGGAGAACCAUGCACUCUUGGUAGAUGCUGGGGAUGCAAAUCCACAUGCUAUGCAGGAGUAGCGAGUUCAGAAAAUGCAGAAUGUCUGGCUUUUCUCAAUGCAGUCAGAUGGGGAGUGGAACUACAGUAUACACAUGUUGUUUUCGAGACAGACUUGCAAGGAAUCGACAGUUUUAUUAAUAGCUGCUCACCAGUCAUUGCUUGGGAGAAUGAAGACAUCCUGCUUGAUGUUAUUGAAAGUUUAAAACACAUUCCGCAAUGGAAAUGUCACUAUAUUCCUAGACUUUGUAAUAAACCUGCUGAUGAGUUAGCUAAAUACAGCAGGAAGAAUGGUAUAACUAGAGAAUGGCGCAUUGAGUCACCUAGUUUGCUUGAACAAUUUCUUUUGUCAGACAUUGAUAAGUUCUCUUAAGUACUCCCUCCGUCCCUAUUAUAUAGGCGGAGAAGUUAAAAUCUCGUAGAAUAAGAAAUUUUUUGGUUUUCAUAAA